CGGGCUUUGCCGAGCCGCGCGCCCCGCAGACCGGCGGUAUGUCGUCCGACGACGGACUACACCAAUACUAUUAUUAACAAUUACCCGCGCUGUUUGCCGUAGGCGCGCGCGUACGAUCUACGCGACGCAACGGAAAUACAGCGGCGGCGACGCCGUCGCCGCCGCUGUUGCCGUUUCGCCGCACUCCCCGCGAGAGCUUUACGCGAAAAUCACGUCGCGCCAACGGUUCGCCAACGUGUUUUUCUUUUCGCGCGUUACACACAGGACACGCAAUGUUUUUUUACAGCGCAACGACACCGCCGCCGCCACCGCCUUCGCCGUCACCGCCGCCGUCGCCACGGUUUCUUCCGUUGUGUACGGGGCCAAUCGCGCGCGGUCCCGUUGCCGACGGAAAAAACCGUUCCGGCGGAAAAAAUAAAAACGAAAAUCGUUCCCGAACGUGCACGACGGCAAUAUAAUAGUAUAUCAUCUCAUGCACCGGGCGUAUUACGCGCGCGUUCGGGGAAGGACGCGUGAAAGACGUCCGCGCCGAUAGUCGUCGCCAUGUCACGGAUCAAGUGAGUGAUUUUUAUACGUUGAGAAAAAAUAAAAUACUCGCGGACAACGACGCGGCGUGGGUGGAUACGGAAUCCGUUUGCGAUCGGAGGAGGGUGGAAGGGGAACUGACAGGUUGUAAUUUUUCUAUAUCCUUUUUUUUCUCCCGUUUUUUCCUCGGCCGAUUUGUCCGUCGUUAUCAACGUGAAAAGCGAGUGUGCACUUUCCGAUUGCGCUAUCGGUGUAAAUUCGCACGCGAAUUGAAAAGAAAAAAAAAACGAUUUUCGACACCGCUGACAACAAUAAAAGACGCGCUUAGAUAAUAAUAUUCGAUUCUAACGCUAAAAAACGCGCUUUAUACAGAAAAAAAGAAAAACAGAAAACGGCCAACAUUUCGAAUUAGAAUCCAACUGAAUUUCAUGUUCCGAGCAACCGACAAUGUUAAUUAUAUAAUGUUUGUAGCUUUGAUAAUAUUAUACGGCUAUAAUCAUAGUAAAUAAAGUGCUUUAUUUUUUUUUUUUCUGGUAACGGAGGUGAUACUACCUGCCAGUGCCUCCUUCCCCGGAUCCGCCCUAGUUGUACCGUCGAGGAACGUUCGCUAUACGGGCCUGUUAACUUAUAGUCGGUGUUUGAAAUUUCUCUGAUUCUAUAACAUUUGAAAAAUAUGCAUUUAAGUUUUAAUACUUUUCCACAAACAAACUGCCAGACCGUUUUUAAGUGGGCACGGCGGGUUUUACGGACGGGUACGAUUGUUCAGACCGAAAAUCCAGACGAAAAUUUAAGGAUCGCGAUUAAGAUUUGUUCAAGAUGUGCCGAUUUUAAUUUCGAAAAUAGAUUUUGAUUGAUCAACAAGUUUACUUUGUUAUGACGGGGCGAUUUUAAACAAAGUUUUUUCAGUCAUGAUACUGAUGAACAAAAAUAUUAUAGUUUUUCUUUUGUAUAAUAACACAGUAUAUUAUUUAAAAUAUUUAUAUUUUUUUUCGGAAUAUUUUUAUUCGCCUCCGUCAAAACCUAUAGCGAAUUCGGAAUAUCUUGCCAACGGGUUGACGGAAAUAAAAAUUGUUAGCAGCAACAUUUAUUAAAGCUAAAUACUCCAUCCAUAUCAUCCAUCAUAAGUAGCUAUGGCAUUUUUAAUAUUAUGAGUUGCAACUUGAAAAUCAAAAGUAGGUAGUCGUUUCACUCCUAAAAAUGAGAGUAACAAAAAGUAACGGUAAUGUAACAUUUUAGAGCUGCUUGUUUCUUAAAAUGUCUGAACAAUUUUUUUUUUUUUUUUUUUAAGACAAUACUUUGAGUAAAUUUAACAUAUAUAUAAUUGAAAUUUACGGGAGUGAUUAGAUUGCAUUUUAUAUCCGAAAACGUAUUCGUUUUAAAUGCAUACCCCUGGAGAACUACAAUUUAAAAUUAUACGUAUAUUGUAUAUGCGAUAGUGUAGUAUGAAAUAUUUAGAGGAUUUAGAUUUAGAGUCACGGUACCCAACCAUUACAUGUACAGUACGUCGUCCACAGUUACUAAUAUUGUUGUGACCAUCUUCAAUUCUAAUAAAACUAAAUGUCUGUCUGGUCGCCUACGUACGAUGCACAGACGAAUCUAUCGCACACAGAGGUCCGAAAAUUUACAUUAAAAAAACAAACUGACGUGGACAUGGGCGGAUGUACUUCGAAGCGGGAUUUUCAAAAUUCGACCCUUAAAGGAUGACUAACAUAGUGUUUUGGGAAACGGUUAAUUUGGUUGUCACGGGCAAAAAAGUAGGUACCUACUUACCCUUUUAAAAAAAAAAAUUAUCGGGAAACAAUGGUGAACUAUGAUAUGGUGUGGACCAGUAAAGAGUCACGGGAAGACACAAAUCGGUAAUUCAGACAUUUCUCAUCAAAUGUUUAGUAGUUUAUUACAUUUCUGCAUAUUUUCGAGCAUUAUUAGCGUAACAAAAGGGUAAAACACAAAAUCAUAUAGUCAUAAAUAUCGUUAAAUAAUGACGUGCCUACUAUAGUGUUCACUAUUUGAUAACAUUAAAAUGUAGUAAAUUCAUAUUAUAAUAUUAUCAGCUGCAUUUAGCACCGGCACGCGUAGACGACCACUACGAUUUCUGGGAUCGUACGAAAAUAUACUGAAUGGAUCGAGUUGAACCUUCGCAUAGAUGUAUUUCUAGAUUAGAAACAACAUAAUAUAGGUUAAUCAUUAUACACCCGAAUCCAAUCCUUAAUUGGAGGCUUGUACGGGGUAACGCGUAUUUUCGGUACGAAAAUCUAAUUGUUUUUUGUUGAUUUACGGGUUGCUUGGUGAUACGGAUGGAAUAAAAAAAAAAACAUAAAUAAAUAAUAAGAUAGUCCGUGUAAUUAUAGUGGUAGCGGUAGUUGUCGUGAGAACAACGAACAGAACAGUUACCAUAGGAACUGGUUAUUUAGUUCAUUGAUGGAUUGUAUUUCUUUUGGCGACGUCAGGCGGGGCAACUAGUGCAUAGAAAAAGAGUUUCAUUACCGUAUACCGGGGGUAAAGAAACUCUCGUUUAAUGACGAAGGUCAUUUUUAAAACUACGAUCGUGGAAUAAACGACACAGUUUUUGUAAAUCUCGUGUUUCGACAGUGUGCGAUCCGCGAUGACCGUUUUAUCGUUAUCAGUUAUAUAGUUAACCGUUUUACUGUCGUCGGUUUUUGGGCGUGGCCCGGUGGGUUUUGUCCAGCCGACCGAUCGCAGUAAAAACAACGUAAAUGCGGCGAAGUUGCCCAACACAGUACCUGUAUUACAAAGGAAGUGAUACCUGUAAGCGUUUAAUGUCUAAGUCCGACUAUAAAAUUGCGUAGCUUAAAAUUAAAACUGUAACGUUUGUAGGUUUGUAUUAGAAUUUAAACACGAAUGACAAGAUAAAAAUGAUUUCGGAGGACAUCGCGUUCCUUUUUUACCAACAAAUAUUACGAAAUCAAACAACUAGGGGUAUUUUAUCGAAGCGCACAAACUACACGUGGCCUUAAUCCUUUUGUUUGACAAUAUUUUAGAAAAAAAACCAACGCGGUUCUCUCGAAAAUAUUUCAUUCUCUUUAUAUUUUGUGAAUAAAUACUCCGAUUUCAACCUAAACGCCAAGAUUUCAAUUAUAAUAAUUUACGUAAUUUCGCCAAGUCGCCCGUUAAUUGGACCGAAACGGUAAUCACGCGUAUCGCGUCCUCGGGUAAUAUUCUUUAUUUCGUACCGUGGUAACAAAAAAACUACCAGAUUCCGGUUCAUUUAAUGACUAUGUAUACAUAAUGUCUUUCGGAGGUUUCGGUUUUGGUAUUUUGAUUUUCUUGUGCGACGCCCCGCCACAAAGCUUUUUAUUUCAUUUUGAUUUAACUCUUUAAUUUUAAUUAAUUUUUUUUUUUCAACAACUAAAAUCUAUUUAAAAUUAUUAUUCUGUACAGACAUUCAUUAAAUAUGCCAUUUAAAUUGUAUUAAAAUAUGCUUACUAUGAACGCGCGUUUUUCGUUCGAACAAUAAGUCAAUCAAUAUAUAGUACGAACACUGUAUAUUUUUACCAAUAGGUACUCUUUCCAAUGCGAUGUUAAUAGAAAAUAUAUUUAUUUUUACUCGUCGGCAGAACGUUUACAUACAAAUCGUUUUAUUUUAUUCGAAUUAUAUCGUGGACGUAUACUCGCUCGUUUUUUGGCGUAUUUAGCAUUUACUUUGGAAAUUUAUUUAAUUCUAUUAACAGUAGGUAUUAUAUUUCCAAGACAAGACGAAUCGAUAUUAUUAUGUAUACAGCUCGAUGUAAAUGAUUGUCGUAUAGAAUGUUUUUGACGUAAGAAAAUAUGGUGUGUUUUAUUCAUACAUAAAUUACUAUUAUUAUUACUAAGGAAUAUAAUGUAUAUUAAUAAAGGUAUACGACAUUAUGUUAAUAAUUUAUUAUUAUUAAACAUACAGGGAUACAGUUUCAAACUUUGUGCAAUUAAAAUGCAGAGAAAAUUUGACACUUUGACAUGUUCUUUAUAGCGCCUGCGGAUGUCAAUAACUUUAUUACGGCUAAAAAAAUAUAGUUUUGAAUAAAACAAGUUAAGAAAGCUCGCUAAGCUCUUUGAGUGUUCUAGACUCCUGGUUUUCAAAGGGGAUAUUUCAAACAAUCAACUGCUAUAAACCCAUAAACGAUUUUAAAAUAAUUUGGUAUUUGCUUGCGUAUAUUAUUUAGUACUUAUUUAGUUAUUUUUACCGGUAACAUAACGGACGAAACAACGUAGAUAUUAUAAAGUAUCGAAACUUAUGUAUAGAUUUCCUUUCAGAAAAAGUGCUAUUAUCGGAACAAAAUUUCUGGUAGAAAAGUUGUUCACAAAUAAAAAAAAAAAAAAACAACAUUGUAAAACUAAUUCAUUCUUUGCUCUGCUCAGAAUCUAUAAAAUGUAUAAAGAUAUAUAUAUCCGGAUUUUUAAUUUAAAUACGAGUAUUUAAUAUGAAUUAAUAUCAGCUAAUAUUAAAAAAAAAAAAAGUAACCAGCACCUUGCGAGUAUAAUAAGCAUGCAUUUUAGAAUUUCAAAAUUAUCCUGUCGAUUAUUAACAAAUUAAGAUAUUUAAUUUAUUUGAGUUUAUACGCAUCGGGUUACUAUAGGUGUGCUAUAGAAUUAGGUUACUGAAUCGAUUGAAAAUCUGGUUGGGAAUUAUAGUUUAUAUUGUUUGAAAUACUGUUAGAAACCGAGAAUUUGCCGUGGACGGACACGACUAAGACAUAAUACUUAUCGAAACUUAUGUUUAUAGAAAUCUAAAACGUAUUGUCAAACCGAAAGUUAUAAUUUUUUUUAAUUAUUUAAAAACAUAAUUUCUAGAAAAUCGGAACAAUUCGCGCGAUUUUAUGUAUUACGCCGCUCGGCAUAUCCGGCAAAACAUUGUCCACAAUUUCGAAUACGCAUUUAAUACGCAUAUACUGUAGGCAGAUAGCUUUAAAACGCGUAAGUACGUACAGAAUUAUCCGGCAUUUCGAAUAAAUUCCGAUUGAUUUAUUGUGUCCUCUAUAUCUCUCUCUCUCCCCCCCCCUGUAAAGUCGACACUGAUCGCAAACCACGCAAAUGAUAAUAAUAUAUGAAUUAAUAGUAAACUGUAGUUUGGUUAAUGCAUUAUGAAUUAUCGGUCGGCGAAUGUUUAUUAAAUGCGGUCUAAAACGCGGCGAAAAUACAUAAAAAUAAUUAAAUGUAUCACGACACCACGGUACGUUACCCACAGCUCGCCUAUUAUAAUAUUGUUAUCAUUGAUUUUUAAUUCGAUAACACUAAUAAAAAGCGGAUUCAAACCGUUUCGUACAGUUUAAUAACAUACGACGUCAUUAAUAACAUAAUAUUCUAUUUUCGGUGGCUCGUAUUUUGACCCAAUAUGUAAUAACAAUGGUAACAAAAAAAAAAAUACGGACAUACUUCGAACGUGGAUGGAGCCACUGUUGUAGGUGAGACGUUGGGAAGGUGGAAGGGAAAAUUUAUCCGUACGCAACGAUUAGCUACAAAAAACGAUUCUGAGCGGAGUUCGGUUAAUAGUGUUGCUUUGUCAACAAUAUAUGUCACUUUAUGGUAAAAUAGGUAAAUAUUUUGCGUCCUAUAAUUUCUUGAAUAAUAUUUGUUUGAUAUUGUAUCAAUUUCCCGUUUUUCCCAUUAAUCGAAAAAACUCCUGGGAAAAUUUAAAAAAAAAUGGCUUCCCUAAAGUACUACACCAGUCAAGAUUCCUAUUAGAGAAAGCGCUACCGUUGUUAAUCGGAACAAAAUUGUUGGUAGAAAAGUUGUCCGCAGAAUAAAAAAAUUAAAUUAACAUUGUUGUAAAACCAAUACAUUCCUCGCUCCACUCAGAAUCUAAAAUUCAACAUAUUAUAUUUGUUUCAUUUUUUUUUUUCAAAUAAUAAUAUUACCGUUUAUGUUAACCGCGCAUACAUAGAGAUUUUAGAGGGAUUCGCGUAACUGUGUUUGCACCGCACCUGCGAUUUAUGCAGAUAGUGUAAAAAACAACAAAAUAACCGACACAUCAUUUUUUAUUUUUUUCCAGUGUACAUAGCUAUAGUGGAUUGGAACCGAACAGCACAUAUGUGUGACGUCCAAUUAUUUCUAUAACAAUGUAACGCCGUCCUCACGUUAUACGCUGUGAAAUCGCGGCGACGGGUAAACACGUUAAGUUUUCGAGUGUGCGUAUGGGUAUCGCAUGGGUUUUGUUUAUCGACGAUUUCGCAGAUAAACAAAUUGUUCGGAAGCGCACUGUCAGUCGCACUGAGCGCAUAUAAUAAUAAUAUGUCAGUAUACCGAAUACGAGCGUUAAGAAACACGAGGACGUGAUCGAAAAAAAUACAAACGUUUAGGGAAAAACAACCGUCUCGAAUUCACACCGGUGUCGUUACCGCCGGGAAUUACCCGGUUCCUUCAUACCUUUUCGGUUUCCACAACGCGCCAAUUCCGCGACCAAAGGAUUGGAAUCGGGUCCUGACACACACUCUCCUCCCUCAGACCGAAUAAAUGUUUUUUUUUAAAAAAAAAAGAACUGUUGAUUUGAAUCAGUCGUUCAUUACUUGUAAAUGAUAAUUUUAAAGUUUCGAAACGUAUCUUCGAAAUACAAACUCGGAAAACAUAUUAAUUGUACUAUAGCUCUGUUCGGUAUACACGGAUCGGGACAUUUUUUUAGGAAACUUUCCGUGUCCAAAUGGACACAUAGUAAAGUACACUGGACACCUAUUAGAGUAAUAUUUUGUGUGUUCACUAAAAAAUAAAUAGUAAAUUAUCGAAUUGGUAGAUUUUUGAACAAAAUAUAUUUCCUAGGAAAUACUCUCUUUGGUGACAAGAGGUAUAACUGAGGAAUGUCUAAAAGUUAAGAGAAAUGUAUGGUUUAUUUGCUCGUGGGGCAUUUUUAAGGAAAGGGAAAAGAGAUACACAGUGAACAUUUACUAAAAAACGAUAUGACACCGAUAGACGUGUCGGUUACCGUUAACGAAUCAAAGUCAAUUAUUUUCAAUACCCGAGACAAAUGUAAAAUUGUAUACAAAAAAUUAAAAAAUUUCCUUUUUUUAUUCAGACUCGAAAAAUGUUUUAUUAAGCAUUACUAUUAGAUAAUAUUUGAAUCAUUAACAUCUUGUAUUUAGGUUCGCCGCGUAAUGAGGAAUGUAUUGGUUUUGAUGAUUCAAUGAUGUUUAUUUAUUUUUUCAUUUAUUUUUAUCAAUGAAAAACUUUUCUGUCAGAAAUCUUGCUCCGAUAUAUCAAGCACCUUUUCUGAAAGUAAAUUUUAUCUACUCGGUACUUUAGGUGGGUUAUUUUUCGAUUUUCCAAGUGGUUUUCAUAAUAAAAUUGAGAAAAACGUGAAGAUUUACGUGCACGUAUUUAAGAAACUUAGCUCCGAAUCGUUCCAGGCAAACUGAAGUAAAUAACGCGUCUCCCCGCCUCCGUUUUAGCAUUUAUCAUUCAAUAUUAUAAUUAUACGAUUACAUUCGAUAUUAUUUCUAACGCCAUCCUAAGUUUUAUCGUUCGGCAGAAAAGGGAAAGGUAUGAUUUUGGCGAAAACCGGCCACGCCCUUCCAAUAUAUAUCGUGAACACGAACAAUGCGAAGAAAAACGAAUUCUUCAAAAGAGCCAUCCGCAAAUACUUCUUCAACUUUGUCCACGUGCAAACGUGCCAACGGGCCUUGCGUUUAAUUUUCUCCCGGCAAGUUUCACCCCCGGUCUUGUAAAAAAAAAAUAAAAAUAAUAACUGUAUAUUGUACUUAAAUUUGUAUCUCCACAAAUGUAUCACGUAAAUUGUAAAGUAUUUUAGUAAUUGUGUUUAUAACUUGUAUAGUAGUUAAAAUACUUUUUUUUUUUUUUUAAAUAACUUCUUGGACAAGGUUUCAUGAUUUUAUAUGAUUAAGUAGAAAAUUAUUUAAUUAAAAAUUAUUAAAUUUUAAUUAUCUUUCAAUGCCAACGUCCAUUAGGGUUAGGGAUCGUUCGAAUAUUUGAAUAACAGUUACACAAAUAUUCGAAUAGUUUCAAUUAAUUAUAAUUAUUGCAACAUUGUGUGCACAUCCGAAAUGAAUAUAUAUCGUCUUACGAAUUAUAAACUAUUUAUAUACAAACAUGAAUGGGCGAGCAAGUCAAUGAAAAUAAUCAACACGAUUAAGUUAACUAUCCAAAAAAAAAAAAACCCAGUUGAAAGUUCAAAUGUGAACAAAUUUUAAAACUAUUAAUUCCGUUUGAAAAAAAAAAAAGUAUAAGUUUUUAAUAUAAUUUGAUACAUUAUGAGUUAUAUAAGUUAAAAUAAGUUAUAUAUGUAAUUUUUCAUUAUUAUAAAAAUAAACUUAAUACAAUCAUCGCGGUAGAUUGGCGUACAUACAUCGCAGUACUGAGAAAUAAUUAAAAGAAUUAAAGUUGAAUUUCGAAAAUAAUCAUUCGUCUUCAAAUCGUUAACUUAACUGGAUGUUUAUGAAAUUAACUAUAAAAAGUUAAAUUAAUAUAAAAUGAAAUCUUAAACUAAUUAAGUUAAUUAGAUAUUUACGGAUACAAAUAUCUAACCAUUCAAGUUAAAAAAUAAAAAAACAUUUUCCCUAUAAGUGGUGCUCACCAUUGCAAAACAUGGCGCGUUACGUGGUGUAAUCAUAAGCCAACCGGUAAUUAAGUUACUGGUAAUUAAGUUACCGGUAAUUAAUCCCUAGUUAUAAAAACGUAUUAAAUACUUAUAAAAUUAUAACGAACACGAUAAUAGUAAAUGUACUGUGGUUUCAUUAACAAAAUAAUAUUAUCGAUUUAGUGAUUUAGUGAUUUUUAUUAAUGAUAAAAGUAUUCGUAUAUUAUUUACGUUGAUAAAAUUGAUUAUUUUUAAUUUAUCAAACGUAUUAUAUCAAGGUGAAUAUGUAUUAUUAUUUAUUACGAUGACCAAUGUAAACAUUAUAAAGAGUUUGAUAAGACGAUAUUGUCAAUAUAUUACCAGUGGUUUUUCUUUUAUAUUCUGUGUGUGACGAAGAAUGUACCUAUUGGUUUUACAAAGAUUUUUUUUUUCUUUUUAUACUGUGUACGAAAAAUCUACCAGAAAUCUUACUCCGAACUAUCAAGUAUAGCACCUUUUCCGAAAAGGAAUUUUCCUGGGGCGGUACUUAAGUAGGUUGUUUUUUUUUGAUUUUCCCAGGAGUUUUCCCAAUAAAUGGUAAAAACUGCGAAAACCGGGAAAACAGACACAAUAUUAAACAAAUAUCAUUAAAGAAAAUAUAUAAUGCAUAAUUAAUUAUUUUACCAUAAUUUGACAUAUAUACUGUUCACGAAACCAAACUAUUAACCGAACUCUGUUCGGAAUCGUGUUUUGGUUAGUAAUAAUCAAUCGUUGCGUACAGAUAUACAUUAAAUUUCCCCUCUACUUUCCAACUUCUCACCUAACAACAGUGGCCCACUCACGUGCGAAGUAUGCCCGUCUUUUUUUUUUCGAUCUACUUAUUUGUCUAUUAAAUCAGAAUGUCGAAAUAUACUAAUCUAAUUAAUUAGUGUAAUUUAUAAACAUUAUAAUAUAUAGUAAUAAAUAUUUUAUCCCGAGCGCUGCGGUCAUUCAUUCUCCAUAAUAACGACCAUAAUAACGACUGGCUUUCGUAGUUAUAAUUUGUUUUCGCCAGUCUGUUCUUCCUUGCAUUCUUCAAAUUUUGCGCGCUCAUUAUUUCGUGGAUCUCUUUACACUCCAUCACGUCAGCGGCUUCUGAAACGUUCUUUUUCACCGGUGCCCCUAUUCCGUUCCGUCCUAGCGGUCGUCACGUUCCGUUUCGCCCUUUUCUCUUGUUCGUACCUAUCAUCCGCACGAUACGAUCAAUUCGUUCGAUUCCACGCAAUUUGGUUGUUUUAAUUCGUUCACGACAGGAGAGGUUACACCUAUGUCUGCGCGUUUCGGUUCAUUUAACGAGCAUGAUAAAAUCGAUGGUGACACAUAUACAAAUAUCCCGAAACAAUAUAAUAUUUCAGACAGGAACGCUCGAUGAAAAAAUAUCCCGCAGAGCGUAAAAUAUGAUAAUUCGAUUACCGAAGUUUUAAACAAAAGCCCUGUUUUACCUUAUGUAUCUAUUGAGAGAUUGAAAUCCGAUUUUCUUCAAUUUCACUAUUAUCGCGAACCAGAGGUAGGAAAUAACUUAGGCGUAGGGUCAGAACAAACAGUACCGUCUUUGGUAUCGCUGUAAAUUAAUAUCAGGUAUCCAUUAUACCGAUAGAUAUUAGUAUUGUUUUUAGACAUUGAAUGGGGCGAAGGAUGUAUUGGUUUUACUGUAUAAAUAGUGUAAUUCGUGGAUACAAUUGUUUGAUCAAACAGAAAUUAUUGACAAUUUAACACGAGGUUGGUUAUAAAUUGUAUAUUUAGUGGUAAAAAGCAAAUUAAACGUAAUAUUUUAGUUUGUUUUUAUGAUCGUUUUAAGAUCGAAUUUCGACGAAAGCCGUAAAGAUUAUGGCAUUUUAAAACGUGUUCAAUCAGACUUCAUAAUCGUUUUUUGUUACAGACCGUUUAAAUUAACUAGUUUACGGCAAUCGAUAACCAAUCGGAUUCCGAUAAAUAUUUUUAUUACAAACGUUAAUAUAAUUCAGUCAUUUGUCAGAGUGUUCUAUCAGUGGCAUGCUCAGAGGAGAGGAGAGGAGUUAGGAAUUAUAUCCCUCCUCGUUAGCUUAAAACUACAACAACUAUGAGUGUUUAUUUAUAGCAGUUUAAUCGAAAUGUAUAUAUUUCAGCCAAAUUAUAAAGAAAAACUUGAUUUAUUGAUUUAAAAUUGGCUUUUCAUUGAAUUCGACUUUUAAGUUUCUAUAUAAUCAAUUUGGGUAGAAAAGAAAAUUUCAACGAUACAUACAUGAUUAUUUUUUGCUACCUACCGUCCCAUUGAAAAUUCCUGGGCACGCCACCGUGUUUUAUUGAUAAAUUUGAUCUAAUACGUUCACUGAUAUUGUGUAGUGCAAUAGGUACUUAGUAUACACGGUACCUAUACUCCAAUACUUAUACACGGUUUACGCGCUUAGUAUACCAAUAUGACUUUGUAUAUAUACUUGCUGUCGCGACACGGAAUAUUUCGAUACGGAGCAUUUUCUGGAUCGGCGAUACUCGAUGUCGACGUGUUAUCGCGUGUUACUAAAAUCAUACUUUUCGUUGUUGUUUUUCCCAGGAUUGUGACGGAGUGUCCGGGGCCCGCGGUGAAAAGCGACGGCUGUGGUGGCGGCCGCGGCGGCAGAGGCGUCGGCGACGGCGGCAACCUCCCGGCAUUCUGCCAUCGUUUUCAUCGGGCGUACACUAGACCGCCGGCAACGACAUGUACGCGGCGGCGGGCGGCGCAUCGUUGGCCAGCAGGCGGCACAAGCACAAGCACCGGAACACGGCGGACGCGGACGCGCUUAUCCACCAACAGUUUCAGCGUCGGUUCCAGCAGCACCAGCAACAGUACGCGCCCGCGUCCGCCGAACACCAACUCCGCGCCUCGUCGUCGCUGACGCCGUCCACGCCCAUGUCGCCGUACGGUCAGGUCCGGUUGUCCGGCCCCUUCGAUUCGGCCGAGGUAAAGCGAGCGCGACCGCCCGGCCUUAGGCUUCCUUUAGCUUCAGCCCUUUCUGCCUAUCCGUGGGCUUUCCCUUACGUAUCCCCGGGAGUGCCCCGCGCGUACAAAGUGUACCUAUACAAGAAUUUACCUGUAUAGCAUAGUGACCAUUAUAUAGGAAGUGGACGUAGUCCCGCCCAUUCCCACCGACCUAUAGUGCUAUAGACCAUGAAGAGUAAAACUAGUUUUAAUCUUCGAGUGUACUACCGACCGGGAUGGUCGAAUUGCACUUUUCGCAUAAAUGAAAUACCUAGACGAACUGCACUCCGGUCAACAACAGGUUAUGGUCGAACUGUACAUAAACAAAAUCGAAAAAAGAAAGUUUUGAAAAUGUUCAUUUUCCUUCCCACUCACAGACUUAGAACUGACCAGCGAGUCUAAAAAACCAAUUAAAACCAACGAGUCUAUAAUUGUACGAAAUACGUGAUAUUAUUGAAUAACAGUUGCUACUGCUACUGAACAAGUAGCAGCGAAAAUAGCAGUGACUGCUACCAUGUUAAAAUGAUAACAUCAUGACUGCUGCUUGGUGUGACGUAUCACAAUAGUAAUUAAUGAUUUUACUUUUUUUUAAAGAUUUUUAAAGUUACUACACUGCUACUAAUAAAUAGCAGUGACUGCUCCUUAGUACUACACUUAUAGUGAUAGCAGAGUAAAAGAGUAAGUAGCAAUUACUGCUAUUUUCAUUCUAAUGUAACAGUUUUUGAUUGUUACUUUAAAAUGAUGUGUGAAAAACCACUACUACUGCUGAUAUUUCCUGUCAUCAUUAAUAUUGACUUAAAUAUACGUAAAAAAGAUAUCUCGAAACCCUGGUAUACAGUCGAUAGUACAGACAGUUCAAAUAAAAAUCUAUGAUUUUUCUUUGUAGUUAAUACGACUAUUUUUCUAUAUUGUUACUAUAUCUAUAUUGUUUAUUUUUGAAAAGUAAAUGUAUAAUUAAUCAAUCAACUGGAAUUAAAUAAUAAAAAUGAUCAGGCAGUAUUUCUAAAUAUUUAUUAAAUAUUUAAUAUAAUAUUAAAAUAUCUACAUAAUUUAUUUUAAUUAUAUAAACCCAAAUUUGUUUAAAAUUAAACAAGUUCAUUUGAUAGUUCACAUUCUUCUCAUAACUUCCGCAAAAGAAAACUUUAAUUAAAUUAUAAUUUUCUUAUACCGAGAUAUCUUUAUCUACGGCACCUAAUAAGUCCUGGGAUUUUAAAAAUGGAAAUCGUUAUAUAUUGGACUCAUACAUGUAUUUUCUAUAAAUAAAUAAAUACAACUUUUUAAAUAUUUGAAAAAAAGAACCAAUAUUUUUAACAUGUUUAAAACAUAACUUUUUUUAUUUUUAUUUUUAAACUGCAUUUUUUUUCGCAACUGAUUUACGUAGAUAAAAAUGAAUGUUUUUUUUAAAUAUAUAUAAAGAAACUAAUUUUUAACCAUUCCAGAGAUUAAAUUGUUAGUGGGAAGAGAAAAAUGAGUGUUUUAAAAACUUUAAAUAUAAUUUAUAUUUUCGAACAUUUUUCUUAAAAAGCAUCUUAACCCAAAAGCAGUUCAACCAUUACCUUUUUUUUUUAACCCGAGCGCAAUUCUACUAGAAUAGGUUCUAUUUGACCUUACCCCUAACAUCUGCCUAACGAAAUUCGAAAACGACAAAUUCUCGAUAACACACGUUCGUAUACAUAAAAAAUGUUAUUAUACGACCAUCGCGUAUGCGAUGGGAGCCGAUUACUCAUGUAUAUACGUAUACAUCGUCACCAACGCGCACCGGAGUACCGUGGUUCUCGUCCGUUUUUCUCCGCAAUUAUAACAAAAAUUAAAUCAUUACAAUUUCUCACCGACAAACCGUGAUUAAACGGCCUUUAUAAAUAAAUCACAGUGAAAAAAAAACGAAGAAAUUCGACGCGUUUAUAACACGGCGCGUCGCAUUGUAGUGGGUCGUUUUUUUUUAUACACCGAAACCGCAGCUAUCGAUUUUAUGAUUUAUUUAUUAUUAUUAUGGUAAUUAUUUACACAGCCGACACUCGAGUGGCGGAAAACUAAUAAAAUACGGAAAUUUAUAUUAUUAAGUCGGGACAUUUUUUUCGUGGGCGACUAUACCCGGUCGCGUUUCCCGGCAGGAAGCCGAACCGAGCAGACUGAGAACCACGGCGUUUUUGGGGCGGCGCGAGCAAUAAACGUUAAUAAUGACAAUAAUAAUGAGCUUGCCUUCGAUAAGUAGCGAAUUAGUUGUUGGCACACUUAGGCGUAUUGCUAUCGUCACCAUUGCUUUAAUCGUUUCACGUAGUAAAAUAAUUGUAUUUGUCAACGGUAGUACGUGUAAUUAUAAGGAGGGCCGAAACACCGACAUUUUGUUGCCUAUCCCCGUCUGCGUCGAGCGUAAAUUCAGCAACGAAAGCAUGUCUGGUCAUGUUUAGGGCAAACAGUCUUUACUAUGCUUUGACCGGACGAUUUUUGUUUUUUUUUUUCCAUAUAAUCGUUUCUUAAUAAGUUAUUAACGGUUAUUACGUUAGGUGAAAACAAAGGAGGAGGCAUACCUUGUUUAGAAAUGAGAAUAAUUAUAAAAAAAAUCAUUCUGUCAAAACAUAAUAAAAGUAGAAAACACUCUUCUUUGAGUAUAUAUAAAAGUUUAUCAUAAAAUCAACCAGAGUCGCAAACGUGGAAAUACGGUAUGCCUUUAUUGAUAUAUUACUACGCGCGAGGCAUGCAGACAGCUAGACAAACAAAUGUUUAAUGAUGUUUAAUAAUGUUGAAUUACGAUUGUCCCACGUAUGAUAAUAUAUUAUGAUUAUUUAAUAUUUUUCAUCUAUAAUUAACAAGAAAAAAGUAUAUCUUUUCAAAAAGUAUGCGGAUACUUAUACAAACAUUUAUUGAAUAUUUAUUCCGAAUAUUAUUAUAAAUUAUAAUAUAUAUAUUUGUUGAAAAAUAAUUCGAAAACGUAUUCUGAGCAUCUUUCACUAGUUCGUUCGAAUACGUGUUUUAUUUAUAAAGUAUAAAUAUUCUUUACAAAACUGAAUACAGACUACAGUGGCGACGUUAUUAUAAUAUUAUACACUGGCGCAGACCGACGCGUUUUAUUCAUUAAAAAAAAAAACCGUGUCAUCUCUGUACACUCUCGAGACUAUAGUGUGCUCGAUCUUACGUUAUUUGCAUACGUGUAUAUAAUAAGCGGUGAUAAUGAAACUACCGAAAUGAAGAGUAAGUAUACUUAUAUACACAGGUACCGAACAUCCGUCAACGAUACAAUUCUCUUGUACUACGUUUUAACAUUCGGAUUUAGCAAAGCAUAUUUUUUUUUAUUAUUAUUUUUCAAAUGACCGUUACCGAGUCGACGCAGAUCUUUUCACUCAGCUUUAUACUCGAAAUCAGCUCGGAGUGGUCCUCAAUCAUUUUUUGAGGUGAGCAACCGAGUGGAGGUAACUUUGUUAUAUGUAUUAUUACAUAUUACAAGUAUAAAGUUUAACGAUUAUUAAUUGUGUAUUAUGUGAUGUCUAAAUUGACCUGAAAAACUAUGAAAUUUAUGAGAAGUUUAUAGCUAAACGUUCUGUAGAAUACCGAAUUUAAAUAAUAUAGGUAUUUUUGUAAGACCAGAGAUUAUUGACUCUUUUUUACACACCUAUAAGUUUUCAAUACAAAUUUAAAAUACUAAUAUAACUUAGACAUUCUGUAGAACGUCAUGGAAUCCUAUAUAGGCUGCCUAAAUUCAAUGCUUUACCAGCAACAUUAUAUGUAUACGAGGUACCUUCAUAAUAUUAUAAUGUAACGCUGUUGUGUGCAUCCAAUCACAUUUGACGAAACUAAUGUAAUAGACUUAAGUUUACUUAGCUAAAACCGUUUAGAGUUGGUAUAUAUGAAGACGGAAAUAAAAAUACUAGUCGCAUUUUGGUAAUUGUCUGUUAUUCUCCAUGUAAACUUUACAAACAAAUAACACACUAUUCAUUUAGUACAACUGAAUUUAUACGAUCCCCAGUGUUCACGUAGUUAUAUAUAGUUAUAUAAUGUCUAUAUAACGUUCAAAACAUUAUUAUUUCGAUUAAAUUUAGGAUAGGGGAAAAAAAAAUAAGAAGGUUUAAUAAAUUUGAUCAGAUUAAUCACACGUGGGAUUAGCUUUAUAAGAUAAGUAGCCUAGCCAUUUUUAAAAAUAGCUAAGAGAAAAGAAUUAAACGUCUAAACAUAAAACCCAAAACAAUUAGUACGCGUUUCCAGAAUAUUACGUUUUGUGUUGAAAAAUUAUCAUUCUCAUUAUCAUAAGUAUAUACGUAGUACUUACUUAUACAGUACAAUAAUAAUAAUAUAUACCCUAUAGUCUUAUAUAUUAUGUGCUUUUGUUUUUGUCAAAAAGUCCAUUUUGGGUUUGAAAAGGGUGUGACGAAUUAUUUCCUUAUCCUUCCGUCUGUAGUAUAAUCGAAAUGAGACAAGCCAACGUUAAUGUGUUCUUUACCGGGUGACCUGGGAAAAUAUAUUUUCAUUUUUUUUCGUUAUGAUUAUAUGGUACGUUAUUCCCGUCGCGUAAUCCCACGAUGAUGGGAGGUGUCGGCCAAGCUCACCGGAAAAAAUUCCAUAUACAUUUUAUUAUUUAUUUUAUUCCAUUUUUACAAUGGCCAAGGCGUCAAAAAGAAAAACCAAAUUUACAUUCCAUUAGCUCGGAUAUUUUUUGGAACUAUUGUUUUCGACGGACGAAAGUCCUCUUCUGUUUCUGAUUUUGAUACCUGCAACGUUGUUCUCUAUCCAAUAUAUUAUUAUAAUAUAUAUAUAUAUAUGCAUAUGUAUAUGUACCUACUCAUAUUUACAUAAACCACCGUUCGAUCGUACGAUCGAAUGUUCAUUUAUUUAUUCCACAAUAUUUGACAAACAAAGAGCGUGUUUUUUUACGAUUUUUUUAUACGACAUGAGUGUGAUUCCCGUUAGUUAUUAUUUCAACAACCAAAUCAAUUUAAACCGUACUGUACGUUGGUCAUUAUGUCGCGGAACUAUAAUAAUAAUAUUGAUUUAUAGAAAAAACGUUUCUUUAUCGUAUAUACGUUUUGGACUUAAUGAAUUCAAAAAAUAAUAAUAAAAAAAAAAAACGAACCAUUGUAACGAUCCCGUAAAUGCGCAGUCGAUUUUUAUUCGAGGUGCUCUCCUCACGGUCUCAACUCGAGGCAGUAGGUAUGUGUAAUCCAAUUUGUCUCUUAAAAAAAAAAAAAAAAAUUAGUUUUCAUCGGACACUUUUUGUACAUUGGAAUCGACAUCGCCGUGUAUACUAGGGCGCAUGGCAAUUUCGUUGUCACUUACAUGUGAAUGUAAAACCUUGUUAUAUUUAUUUUUACUGUAAUAAAUUGUUUCAUUUUUAUCUUUCUUCGUACUACGAAAACAAAUUAUUCUCGUGAACGAUAAAAAGAUAUUUAUGUAUACAAUCAAUAUAAUAAUAUAGUCCAUUUAUACAUACAACGUAUAAAGUAUAUACGUAUAGGCAUUCAAGAAAUGACAAAUUAAAUAAAUGUUGAAUCAUUAAAUGAUAUACAAUUUUGUUUUUCUUUAUAAAUGCAUAAAAGUAUACAAUACACCUUUAAGUCACAGACCCACAGUUAUAGUAUUAUUUUCUAAAUCAUUUUGUUGCCCGCAAAAUCGUUGCAUUCAGUAGUUAAAUAAUUACGAGUAUAUUUCCGUAUAUAAAUGCAAGUGUCGUAAUAAUAUUUUUUUAACUUUUCGUCCCACAUAAUAAAAUAGUGACACGCCCUAAAGCGGUAUCGACAUUUAUAGUGUUUAUUGUUGUUGUGGUAAAAAUUAAAUUCUAAAAUUCGUCGCUUCUCAAAUGUUUGCCACAAGUGACAAUUCACCCUCCAACCUCUCCCCGUAGUGUGUAGGUAGGCACUUGGUGUGCAUAAUCGUAUGAUAUUUGUGUUUGAGAAUUUAAAAUUGUCAUAGAUAACAAUUACCAUGAGCGUGCGCACGGGGGAAGCACGAGAGACAGCUGCCUCGCCUGCGAGAUUUUCCGCUAAAAUAUUUUUAAAAAAAAAUGUUAGACAUGCAUUAUUUUUAAAAAUAUUAAACCCUAAAUUAGUACCCUUAAUUUUGUGCAUUAGAGCAGACAGAGGCCUUUGGAGGAUUUUAACGUCCUUCCGGAUAUUCAACCAAGACCCCUAAAAUAGAGUCCUCAACGAGUUAAUACUAUAGGUAUAAAUAAUCAAUAUAACGGGGGCUUAGGCGCGCUACAAAAAUAUUUAUUUUGGACUAUUUGUACCAAUGAUUUUUAUGUAAGGUUUGAUUUCAAAGACCGUUGCCUCCCCUGCCAAGAGGAUCUGCGCACGCUUAUGAUAACUUCGUAGUACUAUAAUUCUUUAAUAACAAUAUAAUAUGUACACACAUACACGGUAUGAUUAAAAUUUCGUUCGAUAAGGUACCGGAGAUAAAUAUUAUUAACUGCACGCAGGCGCAGGAAAAAAAAAUCGGCAGCUUGCAAUUUCAACUCGAAUAACGUAUACGCGUGGUGUUGUACGCGUGCAUCCGAAAUAAUUAAUUAAAACCGUUGACGUUAUAAGACCCCCGAGGUUCCGCAACGGCCGAGGAAAAAGUCAGUUCGCGGUGUAAGUAUACCUGUAUAUAAGCACCGAACGGUCAAUUAACCACAGGGUUAAUUACUUUUGGAACGGAGUGGGGGAAAAAAAAAAAAAAUCGCGUGAACGAAUUCGAUCACUCGCCCGUCCAGCCAGUCUUCGUAUAUUAUAAUAUAAUAUAUAUAACAACGUACCUAUCCGGUUUUUUUUUGUUUUUUUUUCGUAUUCCCGACUUAUUCCGCGACCAUCAUUUUUAUGAGUUACGCGGUGACAUUAAAUUAACCUUUUGAUUUAACAGAAAAUACUUAUGUAACAUACACACUCUAUAUUUUUGUCUCACCCCCCCACCCCCAUCCCUUCUACCCUCCUCCUAUAUAAUUACACCGUAACGGCGCUAAGUCGUCUCUCGUACGAAGCGCACGCGCGCGCGUAAUACUAUACACACACACACUUUGGCAAACCGUUGGCGUCGGCUUGUUUUUCGCGUGCUGGAAAAUAGGAAAAAAAAAAUCAAACAAACCAUGACUACUACAGGUGUGGGCGGUAAUAUACGUGGACUCAUGGUGUGUCGGUGCCAGUCGUCGCAUUCGCCGUCACCGCGUCCGGUCGUCUUGUGGCAGCAGGUGCUCCAGAGAGACUUCACAUAAUACCAUAACACCCACUACCGGGGUACCUGCAGCGCGUCUGCCGCAGCACCGGCGUUACAUACUAUCGCAUAUAACCUGAAGCUGACCCUGGGUUAGACGGCGCCACCAUGUCCUGGAAGAAAAACGUCGAUUUCGAACCUUCGGCGGCCGUGGUGAUGAUAACGGCGAUGGAGGUGGCAGCGGCAACGUCGACGGACAUGGCGACCCCGCCGGAAAUGUCUGGCGGAGCGCGGUGGAAAGUGUUUCCAGACCAUGAGCACCAGUGAUGGCCAGCUCCGGUAUGCAAGCCGCACUUUACAUACGAGAGAGGCAGAAGAUCCGCGUAAAGAAAAUCCGCAGGGAUAGGUUCCAGUUGCCCAGUCACGUGGCCACCAAGAACAUCGCCCCAUUUCCGAAAUUCCCACCAUCGUGGGUACGUAUACAUACAUACACGCUUCCCGAAGUGUCAUUAUAAUUUUUCUGCUUUACCCGCCGGCCCUAAAACAACAAAAGCGAGAUCGAAUAAUUCGGCUUUGCAUGGAUUUAUUUUUAUUCUUGUGGAUAAGUUCUGGGUAUCUAAAAGUGUUUCGAUAACAUUAUUACCUGAUUAAUUACGGAAAUAAUAAUAAAAAGUAUUACACAAUGAUAUGAUUUCCGAAACUGUAGGCAUUUCAAAAACCCACCCGUUCGUCGAAACCAACAAGGUUUUCAAAAAACCAUAUCGCGAUCCAUCAUUGUCUAUUAUCGUUUUCAAUCCAUAUAUUUAAAACAGCUUUUUGAAAGACUACAACACAGGAGGCCCAAACCACGGAGACAGCCCCCCCCCGCCUCGUAAAUCCGUCACUGAUGAUCCGAUAUCCUCUAUAUUACACAUACCCCGUAUAGAGUAUUAGACACAAAUCGAAUUCGACGUUUAUACUCGACUAUAACUACAAUAAUUAAUAAAUGUACGGUAACACGCGUCGAGGGUUUUUGUAGAACGACGAAAUGGCCACCGUGACAACCACUAUUAUCAUUACCGUAAUUAUUGUUAUUAUAUAUUCGGCCCCUCUCCACUCGGGUCGUGUUCCGGCAACACUCGAAAAUUAUGUCACUUCCACACCUACCGGUAUAAAAUUAAAAUAUACAAUAUUCGGUCCGCACGUGCAUAUUAUAAUACUUAUUUUUAAAACUAUGUAAUAUUAUAUCGAAUCGACCACGAUAUUACAAUAGGUUCUUAUCAGUAGAGUAAUAUCACGAGGGUCUGGGUUUACAAUUCUUCCCAGUGACGGAUCCAGGGGGACCCAAGGACCCCGGACUAUAACUAUACAAACGAUUUAUUUCCACAAAUAAUUAAUUGUUUAACACAUGUUUAUAAAAUACAACAUUCAAGGAAGAAAAGCAGAGAGGAGCGAUGAAUGUAUUGUAUUGUACUAUGAACAAAUUGUCUAUCAAAAAUCUUACUCCAAUUAAAACAUCAGCAAUGGUUUAUCGGUGAUUACAUAUAUAAAUUAAAUAACAUUACGUGUCCUACCUUCUCAACUUCCCGCCUAUAACAGUGGCUGAAUCCAUCCUCAGUAUCACCUCUUUUUUUUUCACUUAGUAAUUAUGUUUUUCAGGAGCCCUCCCAAAAUUCAACUUUGGAUCAGCCACUUACUCUUCCUUGAUUUCUUUAUUUUUAGUACUACUAUAGUUUUAAAAUAAUCACUGUUAAUUUAUUACUUUAAUCUUAAAUUAUAUUAUAAUAAAUAAUAAUAUAAUUGAAAUAUUGAAAAAAACUAACGUACAAAAACAAACAAUGCUCUUUUAUUUAUAAACGAUUUAUAUGCAUAAAAUCGGUUUUAUAUACAAAAGUAUAAAUAUAACAUUAACCGAUUUUACAAUAUUAACCGUAACAAUUAUAUACAUCAUAAUAAUAUAGUAUGGUCAGAGACAAAAAAUAAUAGAAUCGAUUAAAUGGAUUGGCAAUUUUGGCGUUUCAUAAAAGCGUGUUAAUACGAUAGAAUACUCGUAGAUGUUAAAUUAUGUUCUUUAAAUGAAUUAGCUAUAAAACCAAGAAAAGUAAACGUUUUAUUAUGUUUUUUUUUCGAAAUAAAGUACCUUUUAUAUUAGGUAUUUUUAAAAAAUGUUCAAACAUGUGUGUUCUUAUGACAACAUAUUGAUCUCGCUGAUGGUCUAUCUCCAAUUACACCACUGGUACUUAUAAUAAGUAGAUAGACAAUCGACUGACAUCCAAAAUACUGAUACGGGCACUCGACCGACUAAGAAUAAAUUUCCGUGUCGAUCGAUUGUCCUACCGGUCAAUUGACCCAGGUCCCGUAUAAUAAUAUUAGGUAUAUUCAGGCGAUAACACCAUCUUGGUUGCAUACCACGAGUCAUAGCUUUCCACGUCGGUUUUUUUCCUCCGCCGAAAAAGUAUGUUUUCUGUGUUAUUAAUUUUAUCGAAACCUUCGGAGGUUUUCACGGUUUUUUGCAAUUUUUCUCUUUUACACGUGGCUGCAUAUUUACAGACAUUAUCCGAAUUCGGCCCAAGCCCCCAAGCGGUAUGCUAAUACCAAACCCGUCGUGGUUCUUCAUCGAUAGGACCUAGGUUUUAGGUAUAAACUUAGGACGCUAAUUUCCUAGGAACCGGUGGCAGAUUCAGGGGGGUAGGUAAUAGGAUCAUUUGCUUCAAUACCCAAAAAUUGUAGUACGGUAUGCUUUUUUCCUGUAUUUUAGUACCAAGUUUCAUUACUGUAAAUGAGUUUGCUCUACCACUCCUCCCUCAAACAAAUUAAGGUCUGAAUCCUUCAAUGUCCGGCGCAGUAUUGGAUUUGGAUAGAAAACAGCAGGUUAUAUUUUGUAAAACUCCUAUGAAACCUCUAAAAACUUUUAAAACCAACUAAAUUACGUUUCGGAUUAGUCCGAACUCGGAUAGCGUUUGUAAAUCCUCUAUACGGCCGUACAGUAUGCCCCCUCACACCAUCCGAGUACCCGACCAACAUUUUAAUCAGUCAUGGCAACGUGUUUUAAUUUUAAUUACACGUAUUGGAAACAAUCACGAAUCAUGAGGAUUACGUUAUUUUCGUCAUUCUCUUGUUUAGGGCGCUCAAAGGCCGGAUAAUGUAUGUUUUUAAAACACUUGUCGACUCUUUUUGUUUUCGAGGUUUCGUGAAGCUAUUGUAUUAUAUGCAACUCAAUGAAAACCGUCCUUUCCAAAAACAUGUAAAUAAUAUACAGUUAGGUAAACGGUAGAACAUUUAACUUCGACACGUGCGUAGUAGCGGAUUUCCUCGGAAACGAUUUUGUAAAAAAAAAAAAAGAAACUUACGUGGCCCACAAACGGGAUUUACAUGUUCGGCGUUCAAUAUUUGUAUUAUUAUUAUAUAAUUACUGGAUACGUAAUUUUACCACAAUUUGAAAAAAAUACGGUCAAUAUCACUGAGAACAAUAACCAAUACCCCAUGAAGUAUGUAAGUAAUCAAACCCUACAUGAUGAUCUAAACAUAACAUCCAUCUCUCACCAAGCUUUUAAAUUAAUAAGUGAUUUCAUAAAAAACUUCAACAUCAUUCAAAUCCCUUCAUUGCAAUUCUAUCCUCUAUCGAGCUUCCUGAUACAACGCAUAGGCCGAACAGAAAUUGGUUCAGAGAUCUUUUAUCUUAAAAAAAAAAAAAUGAUAUACGAUAGUGGUCUAUAAACUUGAACUCUGGUUACUACCUAGAUAAUGUUAACUAUUACUUAUUGUGUAUAACUGCAGCAGAAUAAUAUCAGUGGAUAUUUUCUCCCGUCAUGUGAACCCCAUGUCGUAAACUCUUAUAUUUAUCCGAUUUACAUAUUAUAUUUUUUUUUUUUUUUUAAAUAUAGACUGAAAUAAAAAAAAAAAAAGUCAUCUGUGAUAUUAUAAUAAUGGCGUACAUGCAUGAACCUCGCCGUGGUUUAUUAUUUAUAAUCUUCCACGCGCGCAUGAUAUUUUUUAUUCGAUUACGUUUUAACGGCCAAUCAAUUAAAACCGAUUACUACUCGAUAUCUUAAGAAUAUACUGGCCGUGUUAUUGUUUGACGGAAUAUACGACUCUCAAGCAUACAACCCCGAAAAACAAACACGAAAUAUUAAAAUUAAUAUUAUUAAGUUAGAGCUCUUUGAAAAUAUUUUAUUGUAUGCCGUUCCGCUUUUCUUUUUCCGUUGUAUUAUCAAUUUCAAAUUUUAAUCGCAUUUUCCCCAGAAUUUAAUCAUUGUUCAUUAUUAUACAAAUAAAUAACAACUGUUUUUGAUUGAAAGUCCCGAAUAAAUAAAUUAUAAAAUGGAAUAUAGAGUAAAGACGAGGACAAAUAAUCGACUAUUUUGUAAUGCAAAUAUUGUAGAAUAAUGCGAAUGAAAUAUAGGUACGUACAAUACGAAUCGAUCCCAUGGGGUCGGUUAAAUACAUUUUUAAUUCCGUUCAUUUCGUCGCGUCAACAAAAAAAUAUAAAAUAAAUUACCGAAAAUGACAAAAAUAAAUACGGGUUUUUUUUUUUUUCAUACCGCUGUGCUUUAUUGUGAAGAUUUAAAAAUACCUAAUUGAUAAAAGAUGUAUAUCCCGGCACAGUCUCUGAAUUACCAUCCUUUGUUUUAAUCACGGAUGUUACAUAAAAUGUGUGUUGUUAAAACUUUCUAGUUUGAUUAUUAUACUCCUAUGAUGAUGACAUAUUUUCACGAGGACCGUACACAAAACGACGGUCAUCGUUUACGCUUCAACGGUGCGCAAAAUGUCUUACAAUUAAUUAGGUCGAAAAGAACAAUAAUGAUGCACAAAUGAUGUACGCAUGACAAGCCCAAACAAAUAUUACUAUUUCUUGAACGAUUUAAAAAUGUAAAGAAUCUUAUUACUAGGUUAAGAAUCGUGUCAUAUGUUGAAAGCAAAUCAUAAAGUUUAUUACUUUGUAAUCCGCAUUGCGAUUAAGUAAUAAUUGAAGGACUAAAAAAAAAAGAAAGGAAGAUAAUAUAAUUAGGUUAUGACUCGUGAUUUAUCAGUAAUUAUCAGUUUUAAUUUUUUCACAAAUAAAAAUACAUAUUUCCGUAAGUUUCGAUCGUGAAUUAUAAUUAGUCAUAGUGCCACAAUACGAUUUUUUUCAUUUUCUAUUUAUAAAAUUCACUAAUUUUCUACAUCACGGUUAAUUAUUCCCACGAGACGAGCUAUAUAAAGAACGUUUAAUAUGUAUUAUGAGUAUUUUUUUUUUACUUUUCCUUAUCUGAUAGAUGUUAUUAUAUUAAUGGGCUGUGACAUCGAAAAUUCUGACAGCCGACAGCUAUUGAAAUUUCGACAUCUUGCAAAAUAUUGAAUUUUGGCCAGAUUGAAUAAAUUAUUUUACGAACGUUUUCUAUUUCGUUAAAAUACCGUAUUAUAGUGCUUAUUUCCAUAUUAUUAAGUACCUAGUAAGUAAAAUCCCGGUAAAAAAAAAAAAAUCAAUGAACAAAAAUCACAACACGAUGAAAAAUAAUAUUCACAGGACCGAAUAUUGAGGGGGUGACAUAGGAGGAAAUUUUAACCACAGAUUCGGCAAUUCAACGAUAAUUUAAAAUUAAAGUUAGAACUAAAGUCAGAAAUUAAAAUCAAGAAAACUAUAUAAUAACUUCUUAGUAUGUUUGUAUUUUAUUACGUGAUGAUCGUCAAAUUAUUUUACACAAAGAAUUGGGUAUAACAUUUUUUGAAAUGGGUAAAUUUGGUAUUUUUAGCGUCAGAAAAGGGUGUCCGGCUGUCAUAGGCGCAAAUAGCCCAAAUAUGUUGGGGUGCCCGACAUCCCAUAAUAUUGACUAUAUACAUAUACUUAGUAGUUACUUGAUGAAGGGAUCGCUCAAGCCCCCCUCUAUCCGUGUAGUAGAAACUAUAUGGAUACAUCGAUUUUUAGUAUCUAAAUAUUGUUUUAUUUGAAACACAUUUCGAAAUUCCCAACAGUUUCAAUUAUUAUAAUGUAUUUUUCGAAAAACCUACCGGGGUAAAUGACCCAGCUGGCCACUGUUUCGGGCGCCAACGAGCAAGACGCUUCAAAACGAGAGUCUAGCUGGCCGGUAUCUAGACAUACGUACAUUGACUUCUGUAUCACAACACGAAACACGCGAUGCUCUCCAGAACUGAUGUUUGUUUACAAUAUAUUGUAUCGAAGACUCGGCUAUAUACUAUUGCGUAUAUCAAUCACUAUUUAUCUUAUACGAUGCUACGGUUAUAUUGUAAAUUUUCGGGUGCGAUUACGAUAAUAUUAUGUAUAUUCUAUACGCGUGCCACCACCGUCGACGCGGAUAUUUUUUAUUUUUUCUUUUUUUUUUUUGUUUCUUUAUCAAACUUGACGCGACCGAAACGGCAAAACCGCCAACGGCCAGUAUACGGUAUAAUAAAAACCGCGUGUGCGAUUUUCAGAACAAGGCGGCGGCGGCGGGGACGGCGUCGUCGGUCGCUUGGCCAGGACCGGUCGGACCGUCUCCGGACAGCGAUGGCACGGCGCCUGGUUCCAUACUCAUACACCUGCCGAGUGACCCGCACAGGAAGUGGACGAAGAAAAACAAGGUAAGCGUCGAUCUCGUUACUAUUUAUUACUAUCUAAAUUUCUAUCUUUUUUUUUCUCAUCCCUGGGAUGUUUAAAUCCCCGUUCGAAAAUAUUACGAACGGCGCGACGCGAUAUCGCGAGACGUAAAAUUUCAUCAAUCGUUUACGGCCGCGAUCGCUCGGUCUGUGAACCGAAAACCAUAAAAACUAUUAUGUUAUAAUAUGUACCCGCCACGGUUAUCCGACCGCGGUACCUACCGAUAACAUUGCGGUAAACUCUGUAGGUAAUAUUGAAUUGACGAAAAACCACACACAGUCCGGAAAACCGCGUGUGUGGACUACAUAAAAUCCGAACGCUGUACAUUAUAACGUUAGAGAUUAUAUUGUAAUAGAUUGUUGUUCAUUAUAGAAUCGAUUUCUAAUUGUAAACUCUAUAUAAAAAUGUAGUUUUUGCCGGUUUUACGGAAUGUUAAAUAGCGUUAAAUUAAAUGAAAUUAUCGCGUGGAAGAAAAAGUAAUUUCCGCGCUAGGGGUUUUGCGACGAAUACGUUUAUUGCAUUUGUACCGAACAGUUGCCGGUUUAGAGUCGAGGCGAACAGGAAUUGCCGGCCGGUGACAAACGAAAUGUUAUGUUCUCUUAUCCCGCUCGAAAUCUAAAAAAAAAAAAAAACAACCGCUUUAAUCAAAUUACGUGGGUAGGUGAAAAUUCGAGAAAUAUAAUAACACGACGCGGUUUGUAAUAUUGUGUACGCCUUCCUCGCGCCGGGCAAAUUAUAGGUAUACCAAUAAAAACAGUAAUCGUAUUAUAUUACACUGCCCGUAUGCCUGCGAGUGUAAAAAAAAAAAAAUAUAACCGUACUUUCAUACGAAUAUAUGCGGCUAAAUAUAUUAAAACCGUAUUGAAUGUGCCUACACAAGGCGCAAUAUCCUAUACGACUAUUCGCCUUUAUUUGAUUAAAUAUGCAUUGUACUAUGCUAUAUAAUAUAUAGUCGGUGCACCGUAAAAACAACCUGUUUACUUAGCGUGCGCGUGCGGUGUUGUUGUUUUUCUUUUAUUUUUAUUUUUUCCAUAUCCGGCCGUAUUAAUAUGCAUUAUAUUCACGAAUAGUGUACAAAUCCACAAAAAUAAUAUUGUUCGAAUUUAUUUAUUUGCCGCGGCGUGUGUUCAUUGAACGCUUUUAGUCGAAUACUCGUUUACUCCACACAAAUAAUACCCGUUGUAUAGUUUAACGCAUUUAAAACGUAACCCGAACAAUAUCGAAUCGCUUGAAACGAAAAUAAAAAAACCCGAAUCAACAACACACUUAACUUGAAAAUUAAUCAGGGCGCGAAUAUAAAUUACAAUAAUAUAAGUACCGAUAUUGCGUUUGAGUUUUAAAAUUGUUUUUUUUUUCCACAAUUAAUCCGAAUACUUAUGUAUUUAUUUUGACAAAUUGCAUAAAUAUACCAACGUACAUAUUUUGUGUAGAAACUUUUCAUUGCUCGGCUACUUAUGAUAAAAAAAAAAAAAAAAAAAAAAAAAAUGAAAUUUAAAAUUACGACUAUAAAUGAUUUUUAAUUUUUUUAAUUUUUUUAAUUUAAAUAUUUUUCUGAUAAUUCCGAUACAUAUUUAUUAAUUUAAUACCAGAUUAAUAAUUUUUUAAUUGUUUAACGUUACAUCAUGAAAAAUAAUCUAAAUAAUAUUAUGUGCGUAGGAUCAAUGGCGUAGCCAACGAGUAGGCCUGGUAGGCCCGGGCCUACCCACUUUUAUCCGAAAAUUAACACAAUCUGUAUAAGUCUUUCAUAUUCAAAAAUGUAUACUAUUUUAUCUGGCCUACCUAGAAAAUAAUUUCUAUCUACUCUGCGUAGGAUUGAAGGCCAUUCCACUUUAAUAGAUGUAUGCUUACAAAUUCUCCCAUCGUCGUUUUUUUUUUAACUUUUGCAAGGAGUCCAACGUCUAGGGAAACAUCCGAAAAAUCAUUUAUCGAACAUAAAAAUGUAAAACGAUCAGAUUUCCGUUAUACUUCCACUCAAAAUUAACAUCCAAAAAAUGUGAACCAUAUAUACUUAAUCUUAAUGGGUGUAAAUUCAGUUUAGAAUAAACCAUCAAAUAACUAAAGAUUGUAAAUUUAUAUGCGUUCCUACAUUAUUAUGCAAUAUUCGAGAGAAUAAAGUAAUCUCGAGGUUGAUGUUUGUUAAACAAAAUUAAACUUAUGACGAAUUAUUUUAACAACGUGAAUAGUUUAUUGGAUAGUAUGUGGCAUACACACACGUACAAACAUACACACACACACACACACACACACACACACACAACACAUAAACGACAAUAUCUAUAUAGCGAAAUACACAAAUCAUAAUUUUAAUUAAAUAUUCAACGUUUAACGCUAUGUUUUGUUUGUAGUAUAAUUUUAAUCUUGUCGUGAUUAUUACAGUUACAGUACACAUUGUCAAAACGGAAUCCGUGAGUAUAUUUAAUAAUUACAAAAUUAAACAAAAAACCUCACACAAACGUUUCGAAUGCCGUCCAGCGUAUUUUUUUCGGUCGUGUGCGUAGGUAUCUACAGACUUUUUUUAUUUCUACACACAAAAUUAUCAAUAGGUUUUCCGAAACUAUAACGUCUGACAAACAAAAGCGUGUGCGGACACUCGUGUUUGCAUACGGUGAGAGGUCAAGGAACGCGAAUAUUAUGCGGCUUAUAAUAUUGACGGACAUUCGUUACACACAUAUAUUUUGAACGACAUCGACGACAGAAUAAUUGACUCGGAACCACUACUUUCAUAACAUUAUUUUUGUUCGGGAAGCGGAUGAAACCAUAUGGAAAGUUACUAUUCCGGAACUUACAAAUCCGAAAAUUACAGUGAAUACGGUUCACAUUUCGAUAUCCGUAAAACCCUUAAUUUCAGAUUUGUGUUUUCCUGACUUACACAUUCCAGGUGUUUGUACGUUUCAGAUUUCGGUAUCCGUAAAAACGGGGGCACUUAAAACCUUUAAAUGUACAAGUGUAACAAUGUGGAUUGUGGAAUGUACAAGAUUAAAAGUCAAAAAUUGGAAAAUACAAAUUCGUAUUAGAAUUUAUAGUUAUCAACUAUCGUUAACAAUAAUUUCGUCAAAAUUCAAACAUUUUAUAUUCCAGAUUUGUACGUUUCUAUAGGAUUUUACAUUGUAGGCUUUACAAUACCAGUUUUUAUAGGAUCCACUGUAGUUAGUUUCCGAAGAGCCUCUAAGACUGUAAAAGUGAAAAAACCUAAAAUUAGUAAGGAUUUUUUUUUUUUGCGAUUUCUCUCCGUCGUUUGUUAAGUAAAAAUAGGAACCUACUCACUGCUGAUAGAAACUAGCUAGGAUUCAUAAACAAAAGAAAUACACACAGGUAACAUAAGACGCAUAAUUUAUUUACCGAUUGGAUAUUAAGUUACUAUACUCGGUUGAUCAUUUAUCACGUUGUCAUUGUUGAACUCUAAUAAUAUAACCAUGCUGAUUGUAGUUGCAUUGUUAUUAUAAUAUAGGUUAGUAAACGAAAAAAAAACUUCUAUUGUUCGGUUCCGCCACAACCGCUACUCCGCGUAGACCACGUUAAACGAAGAGCCAUCUGGGAAACGAUAUAUAUAAUUUAUAGACUUACAGUGUCUCAAAUAUUAUCAAGUGGAUUGGUAUAGAAUUCGAACGAUAUUAAAAAAUAAAUCGUUUCCCACAAUGAAUAUCAUGUUACAAUGUACGCCGAAUAUACAGUGCGUUUCACGAAAUUAAAUACUCGACUGGGGCGCGGCUGGCGGCCGAAAACCAGUAUUAGAGCUUCUCAGCAUAUACUCGCUCGGUUGCACUGUCGCUUGUUGCAUCAACUGACGAGUUCAUCUGACGUUUGAACAAGACUGAAACUCAAAUGUUUGGCCCCCGGUCAUGCUUCAGUCGAGUUUCACUCUAAUUUCGUGAACCGCACUGUAAGUAUGUACGUCCCUACAAUAAUAAUAAUAAUAAUAAUAAUAUGAAUUUACUAUACGGGAAAGAGAAUCAUUCGGUGCCCACGGUGGUCGGCAAUUCAGCCGAAUAUUAUAUCCAAUUAUAGUGGAUUAUGAGUGUCUACGAUAUUUCGGCGGCGGUGUAAUGUUGUAUGGAUCUCGCGUUUCUCGGUUCGAUAUUAAAACUCAGAGCUCAUGAAACCGUGAAACUCGGCUAUAACAGCCCGAACCGUUUUAAGUUGCCCGCGUGGUUUGAAUCGCUCGGAUGAAAUGGCGACAUUGCGACCAUAUCCUCUGCCCGCUGCGAAAUAUUACAGGCCAUUCGCGCUACGUCUCAGCCGUAAAAUACGUUACCGCUCUCAUCUCUGAAACACGAUUAUUAUAUUAACACUGCUGAUGUAUUAAAAUACCACCGUCGCCGCAUGAGCCGAUGUCGUCUGCCGGGAUGACAAAAAUUUGAGAAUUGAACGCGUCCUCUCAUCCGUUCAAACGACUAUGCGUCGACCACGAGUUGUUCUACACGACAACCUCUGCAGAGUUUCUCCUCAUAACGAUAGAUUUUCAUAUAAAUGGAAUUCUAUCGAUAUAGAUAUUCGAGACGUAUAGCACUUAAAACCGUCCAAAAAUAAAAAAAGCGGAAAAAUAUUUAUGUAGCAGAAAAAAAAAACCGUUUCCAAUUUAUAUUAUUAGAACUAUUGAAUUUGUUCAAAACUAUAUUCAGAUUUUUAUCACCCCUAGCGAUAACUUAAAGAUAAUUAUUAUAAAAUAAUAACCAGUUGAAAAAUACCAGUUGGACACUACAAAGGCGAAAUUAUUUAAAAAUCAUAGAGAUGACAAAUCUGGAUUAUUGUCAGUGGCUCACGUAAUCACAAAUUAAAUAUAAAAUAUAGCAAUAAAUAAGAAUGGAAAAUGCGUAAAAAUAAAAACAUAAAAACUAGUAAAAAGGUUUUUUUUCAAAACUAUAAUAAAAAAUGCACUUUUAAAUUUAAUAGUUAAACUCGUAAAAACAUAAAUGUCCACAAAAGCACUCUGCUACAUUUAAUACCGAUCCGAAAAACCAAGUUACAUAUUUCGAACCCUGGUUAUUAGCCUUUGCGGAUUGGGAACUUCGGUUUAAAUUUGUAUAGAUAUUUUUUUCAUUAUUAUUAUUCUGAAAUCAUUUUGUAUUAAUUACAGUCAAUUGUAUAGAAUUUUAUUUGAUCACAUCUUACAGUCAUCUGGCAAAUGGAAUAGAAAUUAUUGAACAAGUUAUUAUUUUGUUUUCCUUAAAUGUCAUUAUUGUGUAAUAAGUAUGACGCACCUUAUACACACAAUUCAAUAAUGUUAAACUUUUGGGUUUCGGUGAAUGAAAUGAAAUGGCGUGGCGCGUGUAUUAAGUGAAAAAAACCUCCUUCGAUUUAACUAGAGUCCGCACAUUAUCAUGGAUACGGUAAUACAAUCUAAAUUACAUUUAAAAAUAUAAUUAUUGCUAUUGUUAUAUACAUCGGGAAAAAAGUAUCUUACAGUUAUUAUUAAAUAUUUUAUGAGUUUCAAUUCGUCGUAAAUGCAAAACAAAAAUAGUUAAACUGUGAUAAAAUGUAAUUGAGUUUUAAUUUUAACGGAAACCAUAAAAUAAUUAUUGUCGGUAAACUAUUGUCAAGUUGUAAACCUUAUUCGGUCUCUGGGAAAUAUAGGUUAAUUUUUAUAAUCAUUUUUUUUUUAAUACAUUUUCUUACGAAAUUGUUUCUCUUUAUUUUUUAUCUAAACGGCAUAAGUGUAUGUACUUUUUAAAAUGAGCUAUGAGCCAUAACAACUUAAUUUGCUUGUAUAGACUGUACAGGCAGGCUUACAUAUGCUUGUACUAUACACAAUUGACUUAAGCAUUUUUUUCUUGAGACCAAAGAUAUGUUUUCGGUAUAACCUCACGUAAGGAGGGGAGGGGACACUUUAAAUUGCUCAAGACUCAUUUCGAUACGAUAUUUAAAAUAUUUCAUUACCAUAAAAUACGAAAUAUAUAAUAUAAUAGGUAUACGUAUCUGCAUUAUAGGAAAUCGUUUAAGCAAAUGACGAAUUCUCCCAGAUGACACCGGAAUUCGAGACCACAAUAUAUAUUAUUAUUAUUAUCGUUGUAGUUUGACCUAUUUUUUUAGAAUAAUUUCUUAUGCACAAUUUACAUUUAUAUUCCCCUUUACAAAUUCAAGCCAAAUUGAACUCGAAGUAUAUGUAUUACAAAAAAAAAAAAAAACACAGGCACAAAGUAAUACUCCUAACAAGAAAAUAUCGGGAAAAAACUUAAUAAAUUAUGCAUUUACUGUAUAUAAUAUUAAUAUAAUAUAAUAUUUGAUAAAAUCGACGUAAUGGAUUAUUUAUAAGACACAGGAUAUUCUAUCUACAUAGUGUGAUAGAGUGGGUUUCCAUACAUACUCACAAUAAUUCGUGAUUUUGUUUUUCGUUAAAUAAAAUAAUAACGUUUAAUAAUAUCCGCAUUUGUAAGCCCUGCUAUACUAUUUGUUUAUAUAGUAUAACAUGCAGUUUGACAUUUUGUAAUAUACCGAAAUAACUAACGAGACGGUAAUUCAUUAUCCCUCGGAAAAAAAAUUAAGGGAAAACUUGUUUUGUACGGAUUUGUAAUUCCGCGGGUUUUUUGGAAUUACAUAGCCAGAAUGGCAAACACUGUACGGAAACCUUAUUAUAAUUUCAUUAUGUCCAUCUGUCCGUCCGUAUACAUGUCACAUAACUCCGCCAUUUUUUCCAUCAAUUUCGGUGAAAUUCAAUUUAAAGGUGUCUUGUGAGAAUCGCCAUCAUACUACACAAUUGUAAGGUAAAAAAAAAAAAGAAUUUAUGAUACUUAAUCGAUAAAUAUUAAACCGAAGGAUGAAAAAUGUAUUUUUCGCGGACUUCAAUGUGUGGUUUAUCUUUGGAAAAGCCUGUAAAAAUACAAUAAAAGGUUCUCACGUGACAUUUUUUAAACCGUUGAAUAUUUGUAUACGUAUAAUACGCGCUUCUAAAGUCCAUAAUAAUAAUACUCCCCUUAACUUCCCGACUAUGUAAUUACAAGUUCUGAAAAUGGCACUCAAAGAACACUGAUUAAAUAAUUUCCGUGCAUACAAAUAUACAGUAGACAAGAAACUUCGUGAAUAAUGAUUAUCGCAUAGCGAACGCUAGACACAGAAACAAAUUAUAAAAUCGUAAUAAUAAAAAGUCGAUAUAGAUACUGCGCACAAAGGCUUAAAAUCGCUCACAAAAAUAUCGGUAUUCGGUUAUUCUAUGAGAACCGCAGUUUCAACAAAUGAAACAAAUAGCUGUAUAAUUUGUCAACUCGGAUUUAAAAGGAAAAAAAGCGAAAAAGAAAAUAAUACGAAAACACUAUAAAAUAUUUGGACGAUUAAAUUAAAUCGAAUCAUUAUAUUACGCGUCAUUCGACGCAGGGGACAAACAAACAAAAAACAAAAAAAACCGUUUUCUUUCUUAAUCGAGAAUAGGUUUCGAUUACAAAAUGGUUCUUUAAAAACGAACGAUGCGCUUAAUUAUUCACUUGCUUAAUAAUUAUUUCGAUUACCGCGGUAACGAGUUACUAAAUUUGAAAAGCUUUCAGCUUUUUCAAUAUAAUAUAAUAUAAAAACGAUUAUCGGUUUUCACCGCGGGUUUAAGUUUAUAAUCCCUACUUCGCGUUGUGUGUCACCAAGAUAAUAAUAGGCGGCUGUUGUAGGUGAAAUUUUGCGUAGGUGUCGGCGUUAAGGAUUUAAUUCGUAUAUGUAUAGACACCGAUAAGUCGGUACCAUUUAGACGGAUCUGUCGGUAAACUCGUCGUCGUGUUAAAAAGACGGUGUUGUCCUUCGGUUUUGUCCCCGUUAUCGGGAGAAACCGGAAACCGAAAGGAAUUUUCACGGGAGAAAGAAAAACGUUUCGGAUAUGAAGUACCGGCCGCGGGCUGCGAGAAAAUGUCGGCCUCAUUGGUGGUACUGCAUGAAAAAACCGAAGCAUGUUUAUAACUGUUUACUGGCCGAAAAGCGUAAAUGAAAAACUCGUAUACCAGGGCCUAGAAUAGUGUGUCCCCUGAAUAACAAAUGUGUAUACCUACCGAAUUUUAUAACGUGUACAUCAGUUUUGAUUGUAGAAAUAACAGCAAGACUGAUAACAAACAAUCGGCUGUAAUGAUCCCACUCUAACCCGCAAUACAUGUUAUUCAUAUCGAAUUGUUUUAUGUUAGCGAAAUUGUUUACACUUAAACUUAUAUUUAAUUGUGUUGAUAAUUUUUAGUCUACGCUUUUUAUAAAUAGUAUAAACGUGUAAGGUAAGUAGUGUCAAAAGAAUUAUGCCCCACCCCUCCCCCACAGGUUUUUUUUCGUCUGUGGAAAUCCAUCAUUGCUAUUAUAGCCUGUAUUCGCCACACCCGGGGUAUCCAAAACCAUCGCGACGACCCGAAAUUGACGAAAAUUGUGCGGGGGAGUUUUAAAAUGGAGUGUAAACCCGCUCGAAACGUAUAAACGGAGAAACCGGUCCCCCUCUUGAAUCGCUAAAAUUAUACCGGUUACGCUCCGCGUGUACGUUUCGAGUUGGCUCACAACCCCAAAACCCCCCUUUCCCCCCGGGAUUUCCGCCGAUCCGUAUCCUCCCGUGAUCGAUAUCGGACGGCUGAACAUUAUGGCUCGUUUCGCCGCGCGGUCCUACCGAUCCGCAUUUUAUUCUAAUUAUAAAAACAUUAAUUACACGACAUACCGUACACUAUUGUUUGUAUUUUAGACGUUUUAAACAUCGAGGGGCGUAUUACUGUCGUAGGCGGUUAAUCGACAGAUUUUCUCGUCGCAUCGUCUUUCGUUGGUUUUAACACAGUAUAUUAUAUUAUAUUAUUACUAUUAUAUUUAAUAUUUUUUAAUCGCUUUACAAAUUAACAUUGUACGCACCUGCAUAAUAUUAUUUAGAAAUAAACGUAUUAUACGUACCGUAGUGAGCCUAACAUACGUAGGUGUAUUACAUUCGUUGAAAAUUAGGUAGCAGCGUCAUCGCUCAUCGUAUGUUAAUAUGACUCGAUAUUAUAAUAUAUUUCAUAACUCGCGGUGUGCGCCACCCGCGGUACGCGACCGACGACCACGAUGACCAUGAUUAUGAUAACGAUUAUGAUGAUAAUAACAAUAAUAAUAAUAAUAAUAAUAAUAUGACGGUGAUGGUGUGUGUGUGUGCGUGUGUGUUUGUUUCCGAAAACAGAUUCAUGACGCGCUGUCGUUCGCGGGCGGCGAGGGCUCCGACCGGCGACUGUUCGAGCUUCAGCAGGGCGCCGCGGCCAACACGCUGCUGUACGUGGGCCUGUGCUCGGUGGCCCUGGGCCUGAUCAUAGCGUUCGUGGGCACCGGCGAGAAGGGCUUCAAGACGGUUCAGCUCCGGUUCAUCGGGCCCGGCAUGAUAGCGAUCGGCGUGUGCUGUUGCGCGAUCCGCAUAAUGCUGUGUUUCUGUCCGCCGACGUUCUGCCUGUUCAAGCGGCGCCGGCACAAACACGGCGGCGGCGUCGGCGGCGGUAGUACCGCUAACAAAAUGGCCGAAUUCUACAAGUACAUGCCGUUCCGGAAUCACCGGCAUCCAGACGACGUGGCCGGGGGCUCCACUGUCGGACCGCCGGGCGCCCGCAGCGUAGCCGACGCCGAGGUUAUGCAGAUGAACGUAUUGAAACCGGCGCUGAAACGGGUGUCUACGGUGAUGGCGGAACACCGGAAGUUACAAGCGAUUGACCAAGCGCAGGUAAACGCCACCGUGUCCAUGCAUAGUGCACAAACCUAAAUAAUAAAACAUCUCCUUGAGCUUUUACGGUCCUCGAAAGACUUUCGCCGCCUCUACUACAUUCCCCCAUUUAUCUCUUAAUACUUAGUAGUAGUAAUAGUAGGUUCCUUAACAACGGUUUUUUAAUAGGACGGGUCGUUAGCCCGUCGCCAAACCCCCAAUCCGGAGGACCGAAUCCCCCUAACCAGCUGAGGUCAUGAGGAUAGCCGUCAUCCUACUAUAGCCGUUGCUGCACAAAUUGUGCUGGACGAUGGGAGCGUCAAUUUCCCUACGCUUUUGAUAUAUACCCAUAGCUAUAAUAAUAUACAUUUAGUAAUGUAUAAAUAACCAUCACAAAUCAAUCAGAAUACAGUCGCCAUGGGCGCAAAUACGGGGGGAAGGCUUGAGAUCAGCCCCCCGAAACUCGGCCAAUUCUCCUCACAUUAAGUUCUCAUCAAGUGAAAACUACACAAUAUCAAUAUUAUGGGAUGUUCGACCCUCCCCCCAAAUAUUUGAGAUAUUUGAGCAUAUAACAAUCGCUAAAUAAAAAAAAACGCAAGUGUUUCAAAUUUAUAUUGCAAGUAUUUAAAUAUACGUGCUUGCGUAGAGUUAGUGAUUUGAUUAAAUAUCACAGGUAAGGAAGUACAUGUAUGUACUAGUUUUAAAUAAUCUUCACAGAAGAAUUUGCCAUCUCUGUAUUCUAACAAAAUAAUUUCUCAAAUUAUCAUUCUAAAUUCUCAAUGUAAAACCUGGAGACUGCAAUAUGAAUACUCUAAAUUUAAAAAAACGACCCUAUUAAAAGUUCGGGAUCGUUAAAGAUAAUAUGAACUAUUAGUUUCAAAAGAGUUGAUUCAAACCGCAAAAUAUAUGAACUGAAUUCAUGCUUCGUUCGUGCAUUUUGACCUUCGAAUAGACGGUUUUCCGAAGUCUGUAAUUCAAUUCAAUCUUCUCCGUUAGAGUGCAGUUAAUAUAUGAAUAUUUCAGAGAAUCAUUGAUACUCGGAUAUACACCUAUAUAUACUACAAGUGUGUUUGCAAACAAAUAUUCCGGGGGGGGGGGAUUAAGGUUGAACACUUUCAUACUCUUAUAAGUUAUAACAAAGAAGUUUACAACAUACUUUCAAUUGUAUGAUUAUUUAUUUUUCAUUAAAAAUGUAAAUAUUUUAUAACAUUCAUUUUUAACCUUUUAAAUAUGUACAAUACUUAUUUUAUGCAUAUUUUUUUUUUAGUGAAUAUAGCCUAUAAAUGGUAACGUUAUUCAUAUUAUCGUGAUGAUAAUAUCGCCGUACCAGUUAUAAUUUUCUAAAAGCCAGAAAACCACAAAAAUCAGAAAUUACAAUAGUAUACCUACUAUCUAGUAGUAAAAUAAAACCAAAACGGUAUUUAUCUUUCUCAUUUAACAGAAACCACUUUUGAGACUUUAUAUUAAAAUUCUGCUUUCGUCGUAAUUUUCGUGAAUUUAUUGAAGGGAAGGGGGGGGAGAUUGAACCCUUAAAAUCCUCUUGUACACGCGCCUGAUAUUCAAUUACGCGCGCUGUUCGUUUCGCAGACCAAAACGAUGCCGAAAGCCACGCCGGAAGCCAGUUUGGACAGCAGCAUGGAACACCUGAUCGAACAGGACGAUCACCUGUACACCAAGGACGAGGUGAGCUCCAACAGAAACCUGUCGAACCUCAAGUCGACGCUGACGUUCGAGGACUCGCUGAACGUCGCCACCAAAAUGAUGGUGAAAUCGUUCGAGGAGCUGAACAACGCGUCUCCCGCCGACGACCACCGAACGCCGCCGCCGCCGCCGCGGCAGCAAGAGCUGGUCCUGAACCCGGUGAACCUGCGCACCGGGUAGAGAUUCCCGAGCGAACACGCAACCGCUGCACAAUACCGGCCCGCAAACGAACACACGACGCGGACUGUUCGUGCGCAAACACGAAUUGUGUGCCGACUCGAACGGACGUUCGGCCGCGGGUCCGCGAAAAACGACAACGGCCAUUCGACGACCGUACGGCCCUACUGUACAAAUACGCGUAGACGCGUCCGCAGUAGCGUAAUAAUACCGCGUGCGCAACAACAAUAUUAUUAUUAUUAUUAUUAUUAUUAUUACUAUUAUUAUUAUUAUACAUAGUGUUCGCAGCCGGACUUUGAUGGAAUUUCGACCGGUCGGGGCUGACGCGCCUUAGACCGGGAGCCCCGAUUAUUUAUUACCGCGGUAGAAUUUUUCUCGCAUAUCGUAAUAAUAUUAUUUACCCGUUGUAUUUACUUGUGUUUACGUUCGUUGUCUGACUAUACGCGGACAUUAGCAACCGUACGAAUAAAAUUUAAAUACAUAUAUACAAUAUAUACAUAUAUACAAUAUAUACAAUAUAUACAAUAUAUACAUAUAUACAAUAUAUACAAUAUAUACAAUAUAUACAAUAUAUUAUACGUACCUAUAUACAUAAUAAUAAAUAAGCGUUAUUAUUCACG